CUCCCCUUCAAACAAACGAACCUCUAUCCAUUCAUUUCAUCCGCCCAGCCCAUUCUCCAAAACGACCGUCCAAACCCUCGUCCCCGCAACCCACGUCCUCCCUUUUUGUGUUUUGUGUUGCUGCCAUUAUUACUCUGUUCCAUUCCACUUCCGCUAGCCCUUUCCCUUCUCUCUUUCACCCAAAUCACCUUUAGUCCCUCUCAUUCAUCCGCCCGGAGCCGAAAUACUUGAAUUAACCUCAUUCCUAGUCAACACCUCAAUCCACAGAUAGCAGAAACACCGCAACUUGCCGCUGCCCUCGUUGUCAUCAUGCAUACCUUUCCUCGGUCCGUGUAUAGUAUGUCCAAUAUAGAGGACUCUCACAUUUGUGUGGUUAUGGUAGGACUACCAGCCAGGGGUAAGAGCUUAAUUGCUCAAAAAAUUGUCCGUUACCUGAAGUGGCUCUCGGUUAAUGCCAAGUCAUUCAAUGUUGGUUCCUACCGUCGUGCCGAUACCCCACACCCGACCGCCGAUUUCUUUGACACUGGGAACCUGGAGGGGGAACGCCUUCGUCGCGCUGCCGCAGAGGCUGCUGUUAAUGACAUGUUGCGUUGGUUCGAACAUGAGGGAGGGCAUGUCGGUAUUCUUGAUGCUACCAACUCGACUCGUAGCCGAAGGGCUUGGAUCGAGGAACGUUGCAAGUCUAAGGGCUACGAUGUCAUGUUCGUGGAGAGUAAAUGCGAUGAUGAAGAUUUAAUCAUGAACAACAUCCUGGAGGUUAAGACUACCUCUCCGGACUACGUUGGGCAAGACCCUGAAGUCGCAGCCCGGGAUUUCAGAGAUAGGAUUCGCAAUUACGAGAAGGUUUACGAGACUAUCGAUGAACCUCAUCUUACCUACGUCAAGUUGAUAAAUGUUAGCUCUCAAGUCAUCAUAAACCAGGUGUCGAACUAUUUACAGACACGCAUCAUCUACUUUGCAAUGAACUUGCACAUAACACCACGCUCGAUUUGGUUAUCUCGCCAUGGUGAAUCUGAGUUCAAUGUUCUCGGAAAACUUGGCGGCGAUGCUAGUCUCUCACCACGCGGAUUGGCUUAUGCAGAAGCGCUACCCGGGUUGGUGAAGGACUCUGUUGGGGACAAGGAUAUCACCCUCUGGACAUCGACUAUGAAGAGGACUAUCCAAACAGCCAAGCACUUGACCUAUCCGAAGAAGCAGUGGAAGGCUUUGGACGAAUUGGAUGCUGGGGUUUGUGACGGGUUAACCUACAAGGAGAUUGAGAAAAAAUAUCCCGAAGAUUUCCGUGCUCGUGAUGAUGACAAAUACAAUUAUCGCUACCAGGGAGGAGAGUCUUAUCGUGAUGUAGUCAUCAGAUUGGAGCCUAUUAUUAUGGAAAUGGAGAGAGGUUCCGAUAUUAUGGUCGUUACUCACCAAGCAAUCCUUCGUUGCAUUUAUGCGUAUUUCAUGAAUGUGCCUCAAGACCAAUCCCCGUGGAUGGAAAUUCCCCUCCACACAGUCAUCAAGCUUACCCCCCGCGCCUAUGGCACCCAGGAAGAGAGAUUCAAGGCAAAUAUCCCCGCCGUAUCCACCUUCAGAGCUAAGUAUACUUCCGCCAAUAUGGGUGGCGAAGCUGCCAUUUUCGAUGCCGAGAGGGCUAAGCUCCCUAUUUCCGGAGCCCAGGCAAAUGGGGUUAUUACCAUCAAUGGUGAUGUUGAAGCUGUCCCUCAAAAAGUGGGCGCCGUCUCCGUUGUCGGGAGUCUUGGAUCCAAUGGCGGCACACUUGUCGUGGAGUAGCCUCCAUAGCUGUGAACUAAUAAAAGGCCCCAAGGGAUCUAAUGUACUUUUACUCAUUGAUUCUUUUCUUUCCUUUACCCUCUUUUCUCUCUAUUCUCUUUCGAUGCUCUCUUCAUUCACAUUUGGUUGGGUAAAAAUUCUUCGGGAAUAUAAGCGGAAAAAGAAGAAAAAAACCACACUAGUGGGAUGAAGUUGACGGUUUAUGACCGCGGUUCUAUCGGAUGCUUAGAUAGUUGGGAGGUAUCUUUCUUUGGGGGUCUGGGUGGAGGCGCCUUUUUCUACUACCAUCUGUGUUUGGUCUACUGUCAUCUCGCAGCGGGAGGGGUCCUUUUCAUAUCCUUAGUGCAUACCAUUUGAUCAUGUAAAGUUAUCGUGUUUGCGCGAGCGGGAAUCGCGUUUAGGUUGAAAUCAGAAGUUAUAAUGGUGUCGUACUGCG